UUUUUUUUUUUUCCUUAGUAUUACUGAUUUCUUUUUUUUAUAUUAUUAAAGAACUUGGUUCUGCUUGUUUAUUUAUUUUUUACCUUUUUUAUUUGCCACUUUCUCCAUCAUGACAUCUUCAACUAGUGACUUUGAAAAGGUUCUUCACUUGUUACAAAAAAACUUGGAAGAAGCUCAAAAUGACAAUCUGACAUUACAAGCUCAAAUACAAGAACUCAGAGAACAAUCUAAAGAACUAGGCAAUGAUAACGACUAUCUCCGGAAAAAAAUAGCUGGGAUUCAACAAGAUAACUCUAUGUACAGCAAUACGCAAUCUCGAUUGGAAACUCAACUCUAUGCUCAGGAACAAGAUACUGCCAACCUUCGAAAACAAAUACAACAGUUAACAAAAUCCAAACGAGAUGCUGAACAAAAACUGGAAAUGGAACUCACUAGUUUUGAAACUGAUCGAAUCGCAUGGCAACAAAAGGAAGCUGAUAUGUAUAAUCAAAUUCGAAAUCUUAGUCUUGGUGGUGAACCUAGAACUCCUCGUACUCCUCGUCGAAGAAGUGUUACCUCCUCUACUCUUAGUCCAUUUGGCUUCCCAGCUCCUCUUAGUAAUAUUGGUGAAGAAGGACAACAACAACAACAGGAACAACAAAAGAGAAAUAGUCGAUUAUUAUCAGUAGAAGAUGAUGAUGAUAAUAGUCAACUUUCAUCUCCCAAACUUGCCACUAUUGAUUCUUGUUAUGCAAGAGAAAGCAAAAUUGCUCAACGUACUAUCAAAGCUCAAGACAAAAUGAUUUUGGAUUUGAAGGCGGAAAUGGACCAACAAAAAUCUAUGGUACAAGAUAGAGAUGCUCAAGCUCAACGUCAAUCAUUACGUAUUCAACAAUUAGAACAAGAAAUUGCAAAUGUCAAACAUGUCAAUCAAUCUCUUAUGGAAGAUAAUGAGAGUUAUCAAAUCUUGUUACACGAAAAAACUAUUAGUGGCGAGUUUAUGAUGAAUCCAAUUAUGCAGAUAGCAAAUGGUGAUACUUCGAAAUCUAAUGGUACUGUACAACCUUCAACUAAUUCCAACACCAAUGGAUUGAAUUUGGCAGCAGAACUCAAUUUGGCUAGUGAUAUUGAAGCUACUCAAAAAGUGGAUAAUACUGUACAAAAAUUGACAGAUGAAGUCAAAACAUUACAAGACACCAAUCGAGCUUUACAACUUUAUAUGAACAAGAUUUUGAUGAAGAUUAUCGAUAAUAAACAAUUAGAAGAUGUACUUAGUAUUGAUCAACCCAAACCUAAACCAAUCAUCACCACUACUACCAAGGAAUCAGUGGAACCAGCUCCAAGAAGUGCAGGUUUAGGACCCGCACCUACCCGUACCUUAUCAAGUACCUUGCUCAACAAAGGAAAUCAAUCUCGUCAACAACGUCGUCGUACCAUUUCUUAUUGGGGAUCCAAAGUACCUGCACCACCACCACCUUCUUCUUCUCCUGUUCCUACUGCAUCAUCCACUUUAUUGACGAAUACUCAAGAUGAUCGUACUACUCGUCGUCACAGUGCUAUGCCAAGUACUAACAACAACAACAAUAAUAAUAAGGAAAAUACGAAUGGAGGUUGGGCAAAAGCAUUACGUAGAAUGAGUAUUGGAUGGUCAGCUUCUCCUACAGUUAUCAGCAACAACAAUAAUAAACCAAUGCAUGAACAAAUUGGUGCAAAUACCACACCACCAUCAAGUAUACAUGAAUCAACCUCAUCAUCAUCCAAUGAAGAAGUCAAUCAUUCUUUAGAUGCUCCUCGUCCCCUCAAUGGUAAUAGAACACCAAGUAUGAGUCGAUCUGCAAGUUCCUCCACUUCUCUACGUGCAAGUAAUGAAUUGGCUACCCUUCAAGAAGAAUGAUUUUUACAACCCAUUUCUAUUUGAUAUCAAUACAACUUUUUUUAUUAUUAUUAUUAUUAUUUCCUUUUUAUUUGAUUCCAUAUUCCCCUAUUCCUUUAUCCUCUUACCUUCACAUUCGUUACUUAUUUAUUGAUUCAAUACCCGUACCUUAUCGUAUGACAAUAAAAAAA